AGAAGGGUCGUUUUCUCUUGCUUUCAGCAUUUCCACCAGAGCUUAAUAUCUACACUACCUUUACCCAUGGUAUAUGAUUCUACAGCUAGCACUUCUAUUCAACACCAGCUCCGAGCCAUCAAUAUCGAUCUGAUACCCGCGAUCUCUGCCCCACCACCACCAGGGACAGCUAACAGCUAUCCUCUGCCAUGAGCACAAAUAAACCAGUCCCCAUCCCGGGGCCCAGGGGAGUCCCGAUCGUGGGAAAUCUCUACGACAUCGAGCGCGAUGUACCCUUGAACAGCAUGGAGUUGAUGGCCGAUAACUACGGCCCCAUCUACCGCUUAACCACCUUUGGAAUCUCACGAGUCUUCAUCAGCAGCCAUGAACUUACCGAUGAAGUUUUUAACGAAGACCGCUUUGCUAAGAUGGUCGCCGGAGGGUUGAAAGAGAUCCGGAAUGGUGUUCACGAUGGUUUGUUUACGGCUGAGUAUCCCGGGGAGGAGAAUUGGGCUAUUGCGCAUCGGGUUCUUGUGCCUGCGUUUGGGCCAUUGUCGAUUCGGGGGAUGUAUGAUGAAAUGUACGAUAUCGCGACACAACUAGUCAUGAAAUGGGCCCGACUAGGACCAAAAACACCAAUCAUGGUAACAGAUGACUUCACCCGUCUGACCCUAGACACCAUCGCGCUCUGCUCCAUGGGCACACGAUUCAACUCCUUCUACCACGACGAAAUGCACCCGUUCGUCGAAGCCAUGGUUGGCCUGUUACAAGGCUCCGGAGACCGGACUCGUCGCCCGGCAUUGCUGAACAGCUUGCCGACUAGCGAGAAUGCUAAGUACUGGAGUGAUAUCACCUAUCUGCGGGAGUUAUCGCAGGAAUUGGUUAAUGCGCGCAAGGAGAAUCCUGAGGAGGAUAAGAAGGAUUUGCUUAAUGCGUUGAUUCUGGGGAGGGAUCCGCAGACUGGGCAGGGGUUGUCGGAUGAUACGAUUAUUGAUAAUAUGAUUACUUUCCUUAUUGCGGGUCAUGAAACCACAUCCGGGAUGCUGUCAUUCCUCUUCUAUUUCCUGCUCAAGAGCCCAACUGCAUACAAGAAGGCGCAAGAAGAAGUCGACACGGUUAUCGGACGACGAAAGAUUAUGGUGGAAGAUCUGUCCAAGCUGCCAUAUAUCAACGCCGUCAUGCGUGAGACACUUCGUCUACGACCCACAGCACCUGUGAUCGCUGUCCACGCCCAUCCGACCAAGAACAAAGAAAGCCCUGUGACUCUAGGGAACGGAAAAUAUGUCCUAAACGAUGACGAGGUCAUCGCAGUUGUCCUGAGCAAGGUGCACCGAGACCCUGAAGUCUACGGCCCGGACGCGGAUGAAUUUAGGCCAGAACGCAUGCUCGACGAGCACUUCGACAAGCUGCCCAAGAACGCAUGGAAGCCGUUUGGAAAUGGUAUGCGCGGCUGUAUUGGUCGCCCAUUCGCAUGGCAAGAAGCUUUGCUGGUGGUCGCCAUCCUCCUGCAGAACUUCAACUUCCAGCUGGACAACCCCAGCUAUGACCUUCGGAUCAAGCAGACACUCACCGUCAAGCCCAAAGACUUCUACAUGAGAGCUACACCCCGCGAGGGACUUGAUGCGAUCAAGUUGGGUACCUUCCUAAGUGGCAGCGAUGCCCCCGAAACCUCAGGAGCCGGUAGCAGAGAUCGCAAGGCGAAGGUUGCACCUCCACCGGGCGAAACAAAACCUAUGCACAUCUUCUACGGCAGCAACACUGGUACAUGUGAGGCGUUCGCCCGCAGACUUGCGGAUGAUGCUCUUGGAUACGGGUACAGUGCGGAAGUGAAGCCGCUUGAUUCGGCCAUGCAUAAUGUUCCGAAGAAGGAUCCUGUGGCUUUCAUCAGUGCCUCGUAUGAGGGUAAUCCUCCUGACAAUGCGGCGCAUUUCUUUGAAUGGUUCAGUUCGUUGAAGGAGAAGGAGCUUGAAGGUGUUAAUUAUGCUGUGUUUGGAUGUGGUCAUCACGACUGGCACGCUACGUUCCAUCGCAUUCCAAAGGCCAUCAACAAACUAGCCGAAGAGCGCGGUGCAAACAAACUUUGCGACCUGGGAUUAGCAGACGCAGCCAACUCGGACAUGUUCUCUGAUUUCGACACCUGGGGCGAGUCUGCCUUCUGGCCCGCUAUAACAUCCAAGUUCGGCGGUUCCCAGUCCACGGACACCUCCAAGCCCAAAUCCGGCUUCCAAGUCGAAGUAACCUCAGGACUGCGCGCUUCAACUCUAGGCCUCCAGCUACAAGAAGCCCUAGUCCUCGAAAACCAACUCCUAACCCAGCCCGGCGUCCCCGCAAAGAGAAUCAUCAACUUCCAACUCCCCACCGACAUGACCUACCAGUGCGGCGACUACCUAGCCGUCCUCCCAGUAAACCCCCGCAGCGUCGUCCGCCGCGCAAUCCGCCGCUUCGACCUCCCCUGGGACGCGACGCUCAAAAUCCAAAAAUCCUCCCAAAGCUCCGGCAGCGCAUCAAUUCCCCUAGGCACCCCGGUCUCAGCCUUCGAACUCCUCUCCACAUACGUGGAACUCUCGCAACCCGCGUCAAAACGAGACCUGAGCACCCUCGCCGACGCAGCAGUCGGCGACGCAGAAGUCCAAGCUGAACUGCGCUACAUCGCUUCCAGCCCCAGCCGUUUCGCAGAGGAAGUCUCCAAGAAACGAGUAAGCCCGCUGGACAUCCUCACGCGCUACCCUAACAUCGCCCUCCCCAUCGGCGAAUUCCUCGCCAUGCUCCCACCAAUGCGCGUGCGACAGUACUCCAUCUCUUCUUCUCCUCUAGUCAACCCCUCCGAGUGCUCAAUCACAUUCUCCGUCCUAAACGCGCCUUCCCUUGCCUCCACCUCAAAGGAAGAAGAAGAAGAACGCUACCUAGGCGUAGCAUCAACCUACCUCUCGGAACUCCACGCCGGCGAACGCGCACACGUCAUCGUCCGCCCCUCGCACUCGGGCUUCAAACCACCCACCGACCUCAAAACGCCCAUGAUCAUGGCCUGCGCGGGAACAGGCAUCGCACCUUUCCGUGGGUUUGUACAGGACCGCGCAGAGAAAAUCCGCGGACGAAGCGCUGGCCAGGACCUGCCCGAGGAAGACAAACCCGCCAAGGCAAUCUUAUACGUUGGCUGCCGAACCGACGGAAAAGACGACGUCCACGCGUCCGAAUUCGCCGAGUGGGCGGAACUUGGCGCCGUCGAUGUGCGAUGGGCGUAUAGCCGCCCCGCCAACGGUUCAAAUGGCCAACACGUUCAAGACCGUAUGCUUGACGAUCGUGACGAGUUAGUUGAGAUCUUCGACCAGGGCGCACGCAUCUAUGUCUGUGGUAGCACGGGUGUUGGGAAUGGCGUGAGGGAGGCUUGUAGGGAUAUUUACCUUGCGAGACGGAGGGUGAUUCGGGAGGGGAAGAGGGAGCGGGGAGAGGAGGUUGAGGAUGUUGAUGAGGAGACUGCUACGGAGAGGUUCUUUGAGGGGCUGAAGACGAAGGAGAGGUAUGCGACGGAUGUUUUUACAUGAGUUUUUUUCUUUGGCUUGAUUAGGGUAUUGGCGCG